GUCUAAAUAGGCCACAGUUUAGUGAAAACACAAAAGAAAUAGUUAAAUGUGGAUUUUGUUGUGGAGUAAAUGUAUAAUCAAUGUUACUUUUUAAGUAAUAAGAAUGAAAGGAGGCAUCGGCGGUUCCAGGACAUGACCCGGACCUAAAGACCCUCCGUGGAGCCCCGCCGCGUCUGUGGUCCAGUGGUCUGGUCCUGGAGUGUGUGGUCUGGUCCAGUAGGGCAGUGAGUGCCACCCAGUCAUGGACUCUGGUAUCGACUCGACGGACAGUAGUAACGGGAGUGUGGAGGAGGGGGGCGGUGGUGGUGCGGACGUCGUGAUGGAGGGUGAUGCUUUAACAGACUCUGUGAAUGAUCCCUCACCAAGGGCUCCUCAUCCAUCUCCUUCACCCAACUCUCCUCAUGCUUCACCCUCACCUAGUUCUCCUCAUCCGUCAUCCUUACACGGCUCCCCUCAUCCGUCUCCCUCACCUGGUUCCCCUCAACUGUCUCUUUCAUCAAGCUCUCCUCGCCCAUCACCGCCUGAAGCUCCGGCUCCCACUACGCUGAGGAGUCUGGCUGCUGCUGCUGCAGCCACAAACCCAGUGCCUUCUCAGUUAAAGACACUGGCAGCAACUGCUGUCAACGAUAUGCCACUAGAGGGGAUAGAGACACGGAACAGUAAUGAGACCGAAUUGUCACUUAGUGGAGCAAGCUCUGUGGACUCCUCUUCAAAUACGCCCGUUUGUGUUUUCAAAAUGGCCAAAAUGAAUGUUCCUGAAGGUAGUAGACUGCAGCUACACUUUCCUCUCUCUGAAGGAGGAAACAUAGAAGAAGAUGGCACAACUUUUGACCUGGAACCUCCACCAGGACUCACCUUUGCCAAUGUCUCACCCUCCAUGUAUCUUAGUCAUGGCUAUGAAAUUUACUCUCAAGGUUAUUCAGUAGUUCCAUAUGAAAACAAUGUUCUUCAGAAGAAGUUACGUUCUCUUCGGCAGAGAAUGAGGCAACACCAACAAUAUCAGGUCCUCUCCCCAAAAGCAAAAGAAAGGAAACUUCGAAUAGCUGUUAGCUUAAAUAAUGUUGAGACGGUUGAACAGCUUCUUAGAGAAGGUGUGAACCCUAAGGUCACUGAUGACAAGGAGAGAUCUCCCUUGCAUAUUGCUGCUUCUAAAGGCUACACAGAUACUGCAAGACUGCUGCUUCAAUAUGGAGCGGAUCCCAAUCAACGAGAUGCUAUAGGCAACACCGCCCUUCAUUUAGCAGCUUGUACUUCACACAUUCCAACAGUCACUCUGCUCCUGAAAUCAGGUACGAAUGUAAGGCAGACGGACAAUCAGGGUUAUUCGCCGCUGCACUUGGCACGCUCCAAACUUAAGCUUCUUCAGAGAGAUAAUAACUCCUCUUCUCAAGAAAUCAAGAAACAAGUUUAUCAGGUUAUCGAAAUGAUGCAGACAUUCCUGGAGUGCUCUGGGAGUGUAGAGGAGGCAGAAUUGCUCACUUCAUUCACUAGUCAGCUAUCACUCUCGGAUUCCCGCCAGCAAGUGGAGAGUGACGUGCAGGCUCUCCUUAACUCCCUCAAUGACCUCAGUCUUGUUAAGUCAAAAGCUGCAUGAAGGCUGAUUGUUACGUAUCAGAGCUCCAUUUGACUUACUCGAGUGUUGUCAACUUUAUAUCAGUGUACAGUAGAUGAAUUUUCAAACUACAAUGCUACCAUUUGAAAUAUUGUGAAUACAGGGUGUUUAAAAUGAAUAAAAUACUUGGGGGCCUUAAGAAGUUCUUUCAGAAAUCUGUAUUGCACAGUGAUUCAGGCUGCAGAUAAUGCUAAUACAGUAUAAGGUAUUUUUUACUAAAUAGCUUGUUAGCUGAGGUAGUAAACUUAAUAGAAGCUAUAUCUGAACAGGAUUGUGAUGCCUCUGUUAGAAAGUGAUAUGUGUAAAGCAGUCACUCAACACAUAUGACUUUGAUCAUUAACUAAAAGUAAAAUUAAGAUAUGCUUGCGUGUUUUUGUAUAUACUGACAGUGUGGCCAUGGGUGGUGUGUGUGUGAGUGAGUGAGGCCAUGGGUGGAGUAGCAGAAAUCUUUUAACUUUGUGUACAUUUAUGUUUUAAUACAUUAGUUGGUUGAGAGGUAUCUUACAUGACAAGUUAUGUGUUUGACAGUAGUGAUUGUGUGCAGUGUUCAGGUGUUACCUUACAAGUAUUAUAUUUGACCAUCCUCAUCUCAUACUGUUAAUUCUGUGGGUAUGCAAAUGGAGCAAAUAAAAUCUUUCAAAAUUUGUUUUGAGAAAAUAUUCUGAGUAAAUAGGCAUAUGUCAAAUUACAGUGCACCCUCGAUUCAACAAACUAUUUUGGACCAACCCCAGUUCAUUGCAAUGAGGGAUUCGUUGCAACCAGAGAUUCCUCCAGGAGGCCAUUAUUUGCAAACACUAACAGGGAAAUCUCAAAAGUAAAAGAUAUCAUAAAAUUUUGUUUUAAAUGUGCUCACUGGCAUUCCUAAGGCCCCAACUCUUUCUUCAUAUGUUGCACCCAUUUACAAAAAUAAUUAAAAUAAUGAUUGGAGACACAUUAACAGUGUUACCAAUCAUAUUCUAAUGUUUCCAAUGCUCUAUAGGUUGAUUUCAGUGGGUGAAAUUUUAAUUUCAACCUGUCAUAUGAAGGGCAGCUACCAAGAGAAACCUAUAUAUAAAGAGAUUUCAGCCCCAUUUAGUAUACUUCCCAUGCCCUUGCCUCAAAACCCUCUUUUCAGUGAAAAACGGGCCCAUAUUUAUAAAUGAAAACCGGGAAAUGUCAAAAGUAAAACGAACCAUAGAAUUUGGUUUUAAAUGUGCUCAAUGGCUUUCACAAGACCCCAACUCUUUCUUCUAAUGUUGCAGCCAUCUACAAAAAUCAUUAGAAACAUAAUUGAAGCCAUACUAACAGCGUUGCCAUUCAUUCUCUAGUAUUUUCUAUGCUCUAUGGGCUGAUUUCAUUAAGGAAAUCUUUAAUUUUUAACCAAUGGUAUGAUGGGCAAGUUUUCCACCAGUAUGUGAACUCUGUCCCAACAUCCUAAAAGCAAAUCCACAAAUCUCCCGCUUCAGCAAACAAGAGUUUGUGGAAUCGGGUGAGGCUUUUCCGGCCUGGAAAAGUGUGUUCCUACUGGAGAUUCACGGAAUCGAGGUUCCACUGUAAUUACGAGUGAAAUACAGCAACAAUACACAUUAAUUCAUAUCUUCACUACAUUAGUUGGGUAAUACAUAAAUUAUAAUAUAAAACAGUAGUGAAACAAUUUAUAACUUUCACUUGUCAUAACUAGAAAGACUUAUCAGGAAUAAAUACCUGUAAUAUUUUGAGGGGGAAUAGGUGCAGCUCAAAAUUCUAGUGAAAGAUUCUGUUUAACACAAGUAUUAACUGUGAGGAAGGUCAUCGAUUGCUUCAGUAAUCAUAAGUGCGUCCCAUAUCUCGUGUGAACUGUGGUCACAUUUAAUGUUUGUCGAGUUGUCCAUCUUGUGAAGAAACUCGGCAUCGAAUGUAAUGAAAUGCCAAUUUUUAGAGAAGCCCCAUUGGCUCCCUGAAGCUGUCUUCCUGAAAUUCCUUCUUACUAAAAGAUCACAUCAGUCACAGAUAGUUUUUUUGGCCUACCAGGGACCAGAACCAGAACCUGGCCCCACUUCUCAGAGACACAGAGAGCAGGUAACUGUCUGUCACCUCAUCAGAAAAAGCCUCAACACAGCUUUACAGAAAACAGGAGUGUUCACAGAAAACAACGCUUUGAAAACUGCCAAACGUCUACCACAAAUGAGUCGUACAGAGCAAGAGAUUCACUGAAACGAGAUCAAAACUCGUUAGUACUGAUUACCACCACCAGGCAGCCCAGCCAGCUACCCAAGCCAGUUCUGGACUUGACGAACAAUCCCAUGAUGAACGGACGAUCCAGGAAGGCAGGAGGUAAGCUGGCAGCCAUCAGGACUUCAACAGAAAUUGGCUUUUCAUUACAUUUAACACUGAGUUCCUAGAGGGAGCCCACUGUGGGUCCUGAAGCUAAUCUAACCACAGUGAACAUAAAGGGACUUAUCAGGAAAGAGAGUCAGUAAGUUCUUAAGAUGAAGAAGAGAAACCAGGCCAGUCAACACGGCCCAAAGCCACACACACGACUGUGCCCAGGAACAUUUCCCAAAUGCCGUACCAGGUUGCCAGCAUCUUGUUAGAACGCCAAAACCCCUGCAGUCCGAGUAUCAGCCCAGGACACAUUAUAGAAGAUGGCAACCAAAGUCACAUAUUUACGAACAUCAUGGGCCUAAGAGUAGACCACAGGCUGGCUAGGCUUGAUGAAACUGUGGACAACAUGGGAAAUGCGAACCUUGGAACAGGGAACCAAGGAAACGGGAUCAACCAAUGAGGCAUCCACAGAGACAGAACUUGUGGCACACAAGUAGUGGUAAAGAAUUUCUCAUGGGACACAACAAAUGAUGCCAUCCGGCUAAACAAACCAAGCUUCAGUUACCAAAAGUCCCCAAAUUAGCCCACAGACUAAUUUUUCACUGGAAAAAAAAGGGCUGCAAAUGAACAAAGCACCCACCAGGCCCAAAAGAACAAAACUUUUCUCCAGAACCUCUGGAGAAAAGCCUGAAGCUCCCUGACCUGACAGCCACUGGUGAGGGCCAACAAGAAAACCACCUUAGUAAAAAUUCAUAAGCCGAAGGGGAAACUGUAAAUCGAAGUGUGAAAAGAAAAGCCCAAUCAUGGUCACAAGACCAGGAUGGCUAAGGAAGAGCAUGAGAAGGCCAGAGGUGGACAAUUACACAAGACAACUUAGGGAACAGUGCCACGGAGGUGUCGACACUGAGUACGAGCAACACCUACUCCACGAUAGCCGAACAAUAAGAGGCGACAGUAUUUGGUAUAAGAUGCCAACCAAGAAACAACCAAGACAAAAAGGAAAGAGCAGAGCAAUCCAAAAUAGAUGAGAAGUGACAAAGGGACAGCUGGGAGAAGAAAGCCAGGCCACUUCAUACUGUUACUGCAAAGAAAGACAUGGGUGGGAGACCAACAAACCCACCACCCACACACCAUACAAACUGCGACAGAAAUUCAUCAAAGUCCAGACAUGUAGAGCAGAGGAUAAAUUCACAGCAGCAAAGUGCAUUGCCAUGUGGAUCUGCUGGAAGAGGUAGAUCCACAGAAAAAUACCCAGGUUUGGAUACCUGGCUAUAAGCACUGAAAACCAAAGCUUCACUGGUCACCAAGGAGCUAGAAGGAUUAUCCUUCUUGAAUACGGGUCUAUAAGGGGUACCUAGAGGCAAACUCAGGGAAGAGGGGAGCCACAAUCAUACCAACAAACACAGGUAGGGAGGAAGGGGUAAGAAAACCCUACUUAAAGAAGUCAGCAGCUGAUGCGACCUAGGAGAUGGUACACUAUUAGUGAUAGUAUCUUAACAGAGCCACCGGGGUUCACUCAAAUAUUGGCGUUUCAUUACAUUCAAAGCUGGUUUUAUUCUUUGAUCGAAAUUAGUUGUUACUGCUGACCCAUGAAUUUUUCCAUCGUGCUGACUGGCAGAUGAUGUAGCUACUGUUUUCCCAACAAUUGUUUAUAGACUCAGGCCAAUAUUCACAGAAUUUCCAUGUGUGUGUGUUGUACUGAUCUGUUAGGCUUGAGUUUCCGUUAUGUUCGAGUUUUUGGCAGAUAUUCUUUUUCAGUUGUCUGUUUAUUGAUUUAAGAUACGAGAGAUGUCACGUAUCAUUAAACCUAUGUUGUUUGCCAUUUAUAAUGAACUUUAUCAUGCUAGAGUAUUUCUCCAGUUUGGUGGCAUUUCUUACUAAAAGGCUUAGGAAUUUCUUUGAAAAUAAUAAAUUUUAAAUUCAUCUUAUUCUGUUCACCAUAUGUUGUAGUUUUAUUCAAAGAUUGUAAGUGUGAGUGGAGGUGCAUCAUGGUGUUAUACAAUUUUUAUUUUGGCUGUCCAGUAAAGUAGAUGAAGACAACAAGCUGGAAACUGAACAAAUAUCUAUGUAAAAAAUAGUGACAUGAGCUAUGAGACCGUUGAACAAGUGUUGCGAACAUAACUAUUCAAACAGUACAAAAAUAACAAAUGUUAAUGAAAUGAGUCAGUGUACCGUAGUGCUCUUUAUGUGUUGUGAUAGCAGUAGCUGUUUUAUAUUUUUGCUAAGGUUAAUUUUAAUGUCUUGAAAUCUGAUUUAUUUCUGUAAUCAUACAAGAUACUGUAUUUGCAAUUUUAAUUUGCAUGUUAUACUCGCUGUUAGAUGAGUAACUGAUCAAACUAAAUAAACCAUUUUCUCAAGUUUC